AUGGACGCAAGAAUUGCACAGCUGACUUCAGAGCUAACUGGAGAAGGACUAGCAUUGCGGGAAGCUGAGGGCAAGUUGAAAGCUCUAACCAGCAGCCUUACGUCAGCACAGGCCAAGCAGGCACUAGUGGAGUGCGAGGACGACAUCCGCGAGAAGACUGAGAAGUUAAGUCAGUUGAAAAAAUCGUCCGGUAACGUGACAGCUGAUGACAGACGGCGGGUGCAAGACCAACACCGGAAGUCGCUCGGGGAGUGGAGGAAGCGGAAACGCAUUACCAACGACAUCGUCGACGCCAUCAUGGAGGGCUAUCCGAAGAAGAAAAAAGAUCUGUACGAGGAGGUCGGUCUGGAAACAGAUCAAGAUGUGGGCGUUACACUGCCAUCGUGAAGAUGUAGCUGUGUGUGCUUGCAGGUACUAGCACACUGUUUCUGGAGUUUAAGCGUUGUUUUUGUGUUUGUGAUAAAUGAUGAACUGUGAAAUCGCCUUGAAAUGUCAGCGUAGGUGCACAUUUUG